AUGGCGCCGGAGCGGGUGCGGAGCCGGGCGCUCUCCGCCUUCAAGCUGCGGGGCUUGCUGCUGCGGGGGCCGAUCCGUGAAGCUAUUAAGUACCUCACAGAAGCUCUUCAAUCUAUCAAUGAACUGGAGCUUGAAGAUAAACUAGUAAAGAUUAUUGAUGCAGUUGAAAAGCAACCCUUGUCAUCAAACAUGAUUGAACGCUCUGCGGUAGAAGCAGCAGUCCAGGAAUGCAGUGAGUCGUUUGAUGAGACCGUAGAACAUGCUUUCAAUAUCAUAGGAGCAUUUGAUAUUCCACGCUUUGUGUACAAUUCAGAAAGAAAAAAAUUCCUUCCUCUGUUAAUGACCAACCACCCUGCACCAAAUUUAUUUGGAACACCAAGAGACAAAGCAGAGCUGUUUCGUGAACGAUACAUCAUUUUACACCAGAGGACUCACAGGCAUGAAUUAUUUACUCCUCCAGUGAUAGGCUCUCACCCUGAUGAAACUGGCAGCAAAUUCCAGCUUAAAACAAUAGAAACCUUAUUGGGUAGUACAACCAAAAUUGGAGAUGUGAUUGUUCUCGGAAUGAUAACUCAGUUAAAAGAGGGAAAAUUUUUUCUGGAAGAUCCUACCGGAACGGUACAGCUAGAUCUUAGUAAAGCUCAGUUCCACAGUGGGUUAUACACAGAGGCGUGCUUUGUCUUAGCAGAAGGCUGGUUUGAAGAUCAAGUGUUUCAUGUCAAUGCCUUUGGAUUUCCACCCACUGAGCCCUCCAGUACUACUAGGGCAUACUAUGGAAAUAUUAAUUUUUUUGGAGGGCCUUCUAAUACAUCUGUGAAGAUUUCUGCAAAACUAAAACAACUAGAAGAGGAGAAUAAAGACGCCAUGUUCGUGUUUAUAUCGGAUGUUUGGUUGGACCAGGUAGAAGUAUUGGAAAAACUUCACACAAUGUUUUCUGGUUAUUCACCAGCACCUCCAACCUGCUUUAUUCUGUGUGGUAAUUUUUCAUCUGCACCAUAUGGAAAAAAUCAAGUUCAGGCUUUGAAAGAUUCCCUAAAAAUUUUGGCAGACAUAAUAUGUGAAUACCCAGAUAUUCAUAAAAGUAGUCGUUUUGUGUUUGUACCUGGUCCAGAGGAUCCUGGAUUUGGUUCUAUCUUACCGAGGCCACCACUUGCUGAGAGCAUCACUAAUGAAUUCAGACAGAGGGUGCCAUUUUCAGUUUUUACUACUAAUCCUUGCAGAAUUCAGUAUUGUACACAAGAAAUUAUUGUCUUUCGUGAAGACUUAAUAAAUAAAAUGUGCAGAAACUGUGUCCGUUUUCCUACUACCAAUUUGCCUAUUCCUAAUCACUUUGUAAAGACUAUCUUAUCCCAAGGACAUCUGGCCCCACUGCCUCUGCAUGUUAGCCCUGUGUACUGGGCAUUCGACUACACUCUGAGGCUGUAUCCUGUGCCGGACCUGAUUGUCAUUGCAGACAAAUACGAUCCUUUCACUUUGACUAAUACUGGAUGCCUCUGCAUAAACCCUGGUUCUUUUCCAAGAAGUGGAUUUUCAUUCAAAGUGUUCUAUCCUUCCAGUAAGACAGUAGAAGACAGCAAACUUCAAGGCUUUUGAGAUUCUUAAAGACCAUCUGAAAAAACAAAAUUCAUCAAUUUUCUGCCUAAUUCUAUAUUUCAUGUAAUUUUGAUAUUGUUUACAGUAAAAUUAUGGUAAACUUAAAAAAAAAAA